AUGAAGGCGGUGCUUGUGGCGCCCCAGCAGCAGCAGGGCCUCGCCUUUGUGGUCGUAGAAAGAGAAGAUGGCUCCCGUUCUGGAGAAACAGCACCCGGGCGCUGCCGGGGCAGGCGACAAUAACAGCGAGGAGGAAGAAGGACAAAACCUCUGGUCUUCAAUAUUGAGUGAAGUUUCUACACGAUCGAGUUCAAAGUUGCCAUCAGGGAAGAAUAUCCUGGUAUUUGGUGAGGAUGGAUCUGGAAAAACAACACUCAUGGCCAAACUUCAAGGAGCUGAGCACAAUAAGAAAGGGAGGGGACUGGAGUAUCUCUACUUAAAUGUCCACGAUGAGGACAGGGAUGACCAUACUCGCUGUAAUGUGUGGAUCCUUGAUGGGGACCUAUACCACAAAGGCCUUCUUAAGUUUGCUGUCACGGCUCAGUCGUUACCUGACUGUCUAGCUGUGUUCGUCGCGGACAUGUCCCGACCCUGGACCAUUAUGGAGUCGCUGCAGAAGUGGGCCAGUGUGCUCCGUGACCAUGUGGACAAACUGAAGAUUCCUCCAGAGGACAUGAGAGAAAUGGAGCAGAACAUGGUGAAAGCCUUCCAGGAAUACACAGAACCUGAAGAUGGCUCCCAAUCCUCCCCGCAGCGACGGGCCCCUCCGGCAGGGGAGGACGAGGCCAUCGUGCUGCCACUGGGGGACAACACACUAACGCACAACCUGGGCAUACCGGUGCUAAUAGUUUGCACAAAGUGUGAUGCUGUCAGCGUAUUAGAGAAGGAGCACGACUACAGAGAGGAGCACUUUGAUUUCAUCCAGUCCUGCAUCAGACGAUUUUGCUUACAUUACGGUGCCGGCCUCAUCUAUACUUCAGUCAAAGAGGAGAAGAACCUGGAUCUACUUUACAAAUAUAUAGUUCAUAAGCUGUAUGACUUCCAGUUCAUCACGCCUGCCUUAGUGGUGGAGAAGGAUGCAGUGUUCAUUCCGUCUGGAUGGGACAAUGAGAAGAAAAUUGGGAUUUUGCAUGAAAACCUUUCAACGGUCAGACCAGAGGAUCCUUUUGGAGAUUUUAUCACAAAGCCUCCAGUGCGAAAGCUGGUUCAUGACAAAGAAAUAAAUGCAGAGGACGAGCAAGUAUUCUUGAUGAAGCAGCAGUCUUUGUUAGCAAAGCAGCCUGCCACACCAACAAGAGGAGCAACAGAGUCUCCAGGACGGGCAGCCUCAGGCUCUCCCAGACCUGCAGGUCGCGCCGGCCAACCAACUGUGGCCGGCGGCUCUCCAAUGACUGCUGUCAAAAAGCCCGAUCCGAACAUGAAAGCGGGGGCCGCCAACGAGGGAGUGCUGGCUAACUUCUUCAACAGUCUGUUGAGUAAAAAGACUGGAUCCCCAGGGAGCCCAGGAAGUGCAGCAGUAGGAGCGGGAGUUCAAGGGUCAGCCAAGAAAACAGGGCAGAAGCCGGGUUUGACUGACGUCCAGGCCGAGUUGGACAGGAUGACCCGCAAACAAGACUCCGUGGUUUCAGCUAACAACAUCCCACCGCCGACAGAGAACGAAGCGUGAAGGCAACAAAAACAGCUGCAUCGUCCACUGCGUUUAUACUCUGGAAAGAUAAAUAUACAUGUGAGCAUAAAGAAAAAAAAACAAAAAAACAUUGACCAAAUUCCCAAUGCCUAUUUCAGUCCGCGCACACACACAACGGGUUCACCAAAUAAGUUUCAGAGGCUAUCAGAUGCUUUGGUGAGAUGGGAAAGAGAGAGGUAGUAGAGAUGGAGGUGCUGAAGGCUUGGCUUUUUGCUUCUGUCCUCUCUCCCACUGCUAAGUGUUAUUUUGUGAGGGAUGUCGGUUCAUGGAAAUGCGUGCACUCUUCCUGGCAGCCAGCCUCACAUGCUGGGCUGCAGCCCCCCCUCCUCUGUUUCGGGGCUCUCUCUUCAUGAUGUUGAAGAGUGGAAAUAUAAAAGUUUCGUGGCCUCUGGUUCGGUUCAUCUUGUGGAAGGAAUUCGGUUGCAAUUGGAACAAUAUUCAAACAUGAAAUAAAUCUCGGCAAGCUUUUGAAUUCUUGCAAAAAAAAAAAAAAAAAGUAGUUAUAGUUUGUAAGAUAUGAUGCUAAUGUAUUUAUACAAAUUGCCUCCUUUUUAUUUUAUUUCGUGCACCAUUUGCUGGUUAAAGGAAAUAGUCAACCGUAUCACAUAACAUGUUGAAAAGCCACUGACAUCAUGACACUAAUAAUGACAUGUCCUGAUAGCUGAUCGCAUAUCAUUUUAAUUCCCUUGUCAUCUCGAAGGAUUUUGUAAAUAUAAAUACAAAAAUAUUCAGGUUACCUUGAUUUUGUAUGAAAUGCAUUUCUGUCCAAACUCUUGAGAAUAGCUUCCUUGACUAAAUGAGACUGGUUGGGAGUCGACAGGCUUAAAAGGUUUGCAGGAGAAUCGCUUCUUUAGCUACAGCCGUGUAUAUUUGGGAAGGGGGUUGGGCAGCAUCUUUCCUACUAUAACUCCUAAGUGCCUCGCACAGUUAGCUGUUUGUGUCAUAGUAGAGGUGCUUGUCUACGCAAGAGGAAAUGCACUGUAGCACCAUCAGUUAAAAUGUUUUUGUGUCCAUUUCUUGUCAUCCAAAUAAUUUAUUUCGUUUUACUUUUUUUUUUUUUUUUUUUUUCUUUUUUCAUGUACAACAAGCCUGUGGUCUCUGGUUUUGUUUUUUUUGUUUUUUUCUUUUGGAAAUAUGAUUUCUGUGGCCUAGCUGAUAGUGUUGAAUAGACUAAAUGCCUUCAUACAAACUGUAAAGGCUGCUGAUCGUAGGAAGAAACCACAUGACAAAUCUUUUGAGUCUUACUGAGACUUACUGUGGUUGAAACCACUCAUUUGCAGCCAAAAUAUACACACAAUUAUUUGCUGUGGUUUGAACAAAACGAGAUAUCGUGUCCUCCUCUUGGGUUGAAAAGUUUUCUUCACGCUGUACUUCACAUGUCAGUCAUAACAUUCCCAGUUUCUACAUGAAGUAGGUGUAGAGACGCUCCCCAGUCGGAAAUCUGUUCGUCCAGUCCUUUUCGUCUGUCCCUUAUUAGUGCCCACACAAGUAAAGCUACAACUUUUGCCUUCAUUGUACAGCUAACAGUUUGUCACACUUGGCACCCUGCCUUCACAGGAUUGCUCCUAAUUAAUUUGUGUGUCCUUAAGGGGUUGCUUAAUUGUCUUAUGUCAUUUCUUUGUUUUUAUUAUUAAAACAAUUAUACUGUACCAUAUCAAAUCUGUUAGAAUGUUUAUGGUUUUAUGACACCAUGAUCAAAAUUAAGUGUACAUUGUCAUUCUGAAAUAUGUAUGCAAGGCUCUACUUAAUCUUAUGGAUCGUGUACAAGAGUAGUUUUUGCAGCAUUUAAGGCAAGUGUGAGGAGAGCAGCUAUUUGCUAUUCAGAAAAUAGCAAAAUUGAAAACUGGAGUGAAUUGGAACGUGGUACCAAAGAUGCAUCAUAGUCACUAUUUUCUACUUUUGUAGUUUGCAGUCAUCCAUAAGAUUAACUAGUGGCCGUUUUGUCCUACUUUUUGCACCAAGCCUUCGUAAUCCCAGGAUCCAACCAGCCUAUGAAGUCUUGUUUUGAACGACUCCCUGUACAUUGACAGAAAUGGUUUACUCUUCUCGACUAUGACUGGAGAUUUAGCAGUUUGAU